AUGGAAAAGAGGACGAUAAAUAUUCAAAACAUAGUAUAUAGUAGUUCAGUAUCAAGUGUUUUUGUUAGCCUUAUAUGCACACCCCUUGAUGUCAUAAAGAACUACAUACAGUAUAAUAAUAACAUAAGUUUUGACAAGAAAUACAUUGUAAAAAAAAUAACAAAGAAAAAAAAGAACAAACUUAUAAAAUUCAACUCUUUUUAUUACCAGACAUUUAAAAAUAUAUAUAAUAAUUAUGGGAUUAAGGCUAUAUAUAGAGGCCUUGUUUCAACUACAAAUCUAUACGUUAUAAAUAAUACCUUAUUUUUUUACGUAUAUGAAGAACUAAAAGAUAAAGGUAUUCCAUAUUAUUUGAGUGCAACAAUUUCUCGCUUUAUAUCUAUAAUAGUUACAUCUCCUUUGGAAUUAUAUAAAACAAAUAUUCAAGCGAAUGUUUGUAGUAGCUAUAAAGUAAGCAUUUUUGAUAUAUUUAAAGAUAAACAAAAUCGAAAAGUAAAAAUUAAUUUAUAUAAAGGAAUAACAUCUACUCUUGUUAGAGAUAUACCUUUCUCUGCUAUAUAUUGGUCACUUAAUGAAUAUUUUGUUAGUUAUAUAAAAAAGCAAGAUGCUGAAUAUGAAAAAAGGAAAAAUUUUGUUAAAAAAUUUGUAUAUCCAUUUAUAUGUGGUUGUUUGAGUAGUACUAUUACUACAUUUAUUACACAUCCUUUGGAUAUUAUUAAGACAAAUUUACAAGCAAGAUGUAUUGAUAUUAUUCAUAAAAGUGAUUUUGAUUAUAAAAAAAUUAAAAAUUAUGAUAUGUAUACAAAGAAUAAAACUUAUAAUUUCUAUAAUAUUUGUCAGAAUAAUUUAUAUAAUAAUAAAUAUAUAUGUGAUGUUAAAGUUAAUAAUUUUGCACAUAAUAACCAUAGAUCUAUAUAUUAUAAAUAUGGAUCUAGUAAAUAUGGUUGUAAUACAUAUAACUAUAAAUAUUAUAAUUACUUUAAAUUAAGUAAUCAUAAUAAUUAUAAUAUAUUUUCUGUAUCCAAACUUAUUUUUAAAAGACAUGGAAUUAAAGGAUUCUACAUUGGUAUCUUUCCCAGGUUAGUAAAAAUAGUACCAACAUGUGCAAUCCUCUUCUCAACAUAUCAUUAUUUCAAUUAUUAA